AUGAACUACUUGAUAACCCAAGUCGCGAUAUGCGCUCCUUCACAAAAACCAACCACGUUUGCUGUUCUAGAGCCCCUCCGAGACGCUGCAGUUGAUUUCCUCCAUCCUCUGGUCGAAGCAUGGAAGUUUAUGUGGAGUGUCAUGGAUUUCAAUUCAUGCAUUUUAAGAGAUGAACCACUCAGUGAAUGGAAAUCAUGGUUUUACGCCAAACUUUAUGCUUCCAUGCGAUUGAACAUUCAACACGCUAGGGAUGUCUUUCCUCUCCUCGAAGCGACUAUCGAUAAUGCCGAGGCUCCACUAAUGACCGAACUACGAGGAUCCUACAUUCAUGAGCUAAUGCUCCGCAUGUUGAAGUGCUUCCCGUGCUCGUCAUUUAUGCGGGUGGAUCUGCUGGACGACUUACCUCAAUUGAUAUCCGAUCUCCGCAGCUACAGCCAAGGUACCAUGCGGUGUUUCAACAUCGCUGAAGGCAUUGUCGUGCGCUUGCAUGAAUUCUGUAGCCACAAAGAGCUUGUGGAGGAGGAGCGCGAAGAGAUUGGCAAGAGCCUUCAUAAUAUGUCACGAUAUGUGAUGCGAAUCCGGCGUAAAAGUUGCGAUCCACUCGAUCUCGGGCUUAGAGGUAGCAAGCUAUGUGUCAGACCUGAUUACAUGGGUCGGGCCUGCUAA